CAAGCUACAAAGAGAAACAUUCCAACACGCCGUUGCUCCAGCCCUGUUUGUUUUUGACCAAGAGGCAAGAACAGCAACCAUGUACAAUUCAAUAUGGAGCAACUGGAGCUGUACCUAGCUUAGUCCAGCAAUGCUCAUCCCAGAUCUGACGAAGCUGAGCUCACACCAUCCCUGCAGCCAUGGCUGCUCGGCUCCUCGCAGCUCUCGCCCUCCUCCUCUCCUCGCCGCUCGCUCCACCCUUGAGCGCCGCCGCCGCCGCCGCGGCGCCUCGCGACACCCUACCCCGGAAAUCCUCGCUCGCCGUCGAGGAGCACGACACCCACAUCCUCCGGUCACCGGACGGCACAUUCUCCUGCGGCUUCUAUCGCGUCUACGACGGCGCCUUCACCUUCUCGGUAUGGUACACGGACGCCGCCGACGAGGCCGUGGUCUGGAGCGCCAACCGCGGCAGCCCGGUGCACGCGUGGGGCGCCGCCGUCACCCUGCGCAAGGACGGCGCCAUGGUGCUCACCGACUACGACGGCACGGUGGUGUGGCAGACCGACGGCAAGUUCGUCCCGGACGUCCAGUACGCCCAGCUGCUGGACACCGGGAACCUUGUCCUCAAGAACUCCAGCGGCGACAUCGUAUGGCAGAGCUUCGGCUCGCCGACCGACACGUUCCUCCCCACGCAGUGCGUCAAGGAGGCGUCCAAGUUAGUUUCUACCACCCAGCUUCAUGUUCCUGGCCACUACACCUUCCGGUUCAGCGAUCAGUCGAUGCUGUCGCUCAUAUACGAUGAUGCCAAUGUUACAAGUGUGUACUGGCCAGAUCCUGAUUUCCAGUACUACGAGAAUGGUAGGAACUUCUACAACAGUACUAGGAUAGCGAGCCUUGGUGAUUCUGGGGAGAUUUUUUCGAGUGACUUUGCAAACAGCCAUGUGCUUGCUGCUUCUGACAGAGGCACUGGGAUUAAGAGAAGGCUCAAGUUGGAUUAUGAUGGGAAUCUUAGGCUCUACAGCUUGAACAAUUCAGACAAAACAUGGUCAGUUUCAUGGAUUGCUGAGUCUCAACCGUGCAAGACUCAUGGUGUGUGUGGUCCGUAUGGAAUCUGCCACUAUUCGCCUAAACCGACAUGUUCUUGCACGCCCGGCUAUCGGAUGAAGAACCCACGUAACUGGACAGAAGGUUGCCUGCCCAUUGUAGACAUAACAUGUGAUGGGGAGCAGAAUGUGACCUUUUUGGAACUUCGGAACACUGAUUUUUGGGGAUCUGAUCAGCAGAGAAUCGAAAAGGUUCCAUGGGAAGCCUGUCGGAAAGCAUGCUUAAGCGACUGCUCCUGUAAGGGGUUUCAGUACCAGGAAGGAAAUGGAACAUGCUAUCCCAAGUCUCUUCUAUUCAAUGGAAGGUCCUUUCCAAAUCCUACUGUGCGGACAAUGUACAUCAAACUCCCUUCAAGUCCGGACACAUCAAAAUUCCCCAUUCCGCAGUCCAAUGUGCUCGAUCCCUUACCGUAUCAUCUUAAAUGCGGCCCUGUAAGCACACUAAACAUGGAACAAAAUCCCAGCUACUGGCAUAAGACUAGUGAGGAUCAAUCAAAAUGGUUCUACUUCUACGGGUUUAUCGGUGCUUUCUUCAUCAUCGAAGUGUUCUUCUUCGCAUUUGCAUGGUUCUUUGUAUUGAGGAAGGAAUUGAGGUCAUCACAAGUAUGGGCAGCUGAGGAAGGCUACAAGAUGAUGGCAAACCAUUUCCGAAUGUUUAGUUACAGGGAGCUGGCUAAGGCAACAGAAAAGUUUACUCAUGAGCUUGGAUGGGGAGGUAGAGGGGUCGCCUAUAAGGGAACACUGGAUGACGACCGAAUGGUUGUCGUAAAAAAGCUGGGAAGUAUUAGGCACAGCAGAGAAGAAUUCCAUGAUGAGCUGCAUGUCAUUGCAAGGAUUAACCAUAUGAACCUAGUAAGAAUAUAUGGAUAUUGCUCAGAAAGAUCUCAUAGGAUGCUGGUCCUCGAGUAUGCUGAGAAAGGAUCAUUGGCCGACGUAUUGUUCAAAAGCAAAAUCUCUUUAGACUGGAAGCAGAGAUUCAACAUUGCCUUAGGUGUCGCCAAGGGGCUGGCCUAUCUUCACCAUGAGUGCCUAGAGUGGAUCAUUCACUGCAACCUGAAGCCUGAGAACAUUUUACUGGACCAAGAUCUGGAACCUAAGAUCACCGACUUCGGGUUGGCGAAGCUGCUCAACAGGUCUGGGGAUAAUGAAAACGUAUCUCGAGCACGAGGAACCAUAGGUUACAUUGCUCCAGAGUGGAUAUCUGGUUUGCCGAUAACCGCGAAGGUCGACGUGUACAGCUAUGGAGUUGUGCUUCUUGAACUAGUGACAGGAACACGGAUUUUCGAUUUGGUCAAAGGUGAGGAUGACAAGGUGCAUGUCAUGCUGAAGAAGUUCAUAAAGAUGCUUUAUUACAGAUUGGACAGGGAGGAACCCUUUUGGAUAGCAGAGUUUGUAGAUGUCAGACUGGGAGGUGAAUUCGACUACUCGCAAGCGAAAGCUUUGAUCAAGUUGGCUGUCUCGUGCUUGGAGGAAGAGAGGAAGAAAAGGGCAACGAUGGAGUCAGUAGUCGAGAGUCUCCUUUCAGUUGAUUUAGCUGAAGAUCACUGAAACGGCAAUAUAGUGAAGGAAUCAAGGUUUCCUUUUUGCUUGAUUCUAAGGUGCCAUGGAAUCCAUUUAUGAUUUUUUUUUUGUAAGCACCAUACUAGUUUUUGCACUCUUAAUUUCCUAGGAAAAUGUAUAUUAUAUGGAACAGUGGUAAUGUAUUUCUAGUGUCUUUUGUGUA